GUAGAUUAUUGAACAAUAUACCGAUAUCGGACAAAAUUGAUCAGUGAACAGGACUUUAUGGCAGCCAUGAAAUUAUAGACUUGUUAGCUGGCUGGGCAGUGAAUUUAUAAACUGAUUUAUUUUACGUAAAGUAUUCGACAAUGGACUGUAUAGUUCCGCCACAAAAUGCUAUUUGGACAGGGGCCUUAUCACAUGGCCUACCUGGGUACCACCAGAGGAACUUUUUCCCAAACUUCUACUUCUCACAGAAGAGGUCUUUCAACACACAUUAUUUCCCAGGACCAAGUCUUUUCUUCCCCCAUGAUGACGAUGUGGAUUAUCCCACUGACAUGAAGGGAGAAAUGACACAGACGAUGCCAUAUCAUAAUAUGGUUGAUGACAAUGGAGAUGUUAAAUUGUGUGUUGUAUGUGGUGAACGUGCCAGUGGAUUCUACUUUGGUGCACUAGUAUGUCUACCAUGUAAGAGUUUUUAUAUCAGAUGUACAAAAGAUGGAGAACCAACAUUCACGUGUCAGUGUAGUGGAAACUGUGAUAUAGUUAAACAAGGUCGUAUUCGUUGUCAAUACUGCCGCUAUCAACGAUGCCUUAUGGCAGGAAUGUGUCGUAAAGAAAAACCUGAGUCAGUCCAGCCAGCUGAGGGACAAGUCCUGUGUAAAGUGUGUGGUGACAUUGCUAAUGGCAUACAUUUUGGUGUUAAUACUUGUGAAGGAUGCAAGAAAUUUUUCCGACGCGGUUUAGUAGAAAACCAAAGUUAUAUCUGUAAAGGAGAAAAAGAGUGUGGUAUCAACCCAAGAAACCGAAACAACUGUAGAUAUUGCCGAUACCAGAAGUGUCUAACAGUUGGCAUGUCAAGAGAAGCUAUAAAGAUGGGAAGACCAAAGAAAGGUGAUGGUAGUGAAGCAUCCUGUAAUUUGACAAGCAGUCCAAAACUGACUUGCCAACCACUUGUAGACUUAGAAAAUAAUCAUUUAACGAAUCCCCAAGUUGGGGAUGAAUCAUGUGACACACUGAAGACAUCUUCAGCAAGAGAGAAAGUGAAGGAGGAAGAUUUGAGAUCUAGUUGUCAUUUUGAUAAGAAACUGGGAGAGGGUUGUAACCAAGGUCAACAGAGUACAUCUCCAUGGCAACCCUGUAGUCAAGGGCGUAUUGUUUCUGCAAAUAACCACAGUCAGAAUUGCAAUGGUGUGACAGAGUUUAUAGAGGAAGAGAUGGAUGAGAUUUUAAUGAUGUUACAGAAUGAUAAUCAGCCACCAACCAAAAAAUUACGCUGUGAUAGAUAUGCUGGAGAAGAGAUACACAGAAGUUGCAAGGUAGAAUUUGGCAUGCAGAAUGAGGAGUGGCUGAUGAAUGGUAUGUCUGGUCAGUCAAUGAAUGAACCAAUGAAUAUGAGUGCAACUCAUGCAAACCAAAUGAUUUCAAGACCACCGCCACAGUACCCUGGUUAUACAAACAACUUGUCACCCUGUCAUUCUCCAAAAAACCAGGUAUCAUCUCCAAGGUAUAUGCCAGACACUGGUGUACAUUCACCAGGCUAUAUACCAAAUGGAAGUCCUGCAAGUUCACCAUCUUGCCAGUAUUCUCCAAGACAUAGUCCCAUGUACCUACAUCCGCCAUCCCCUCACAGCCCAUACCAGGAGGACAGGUGCCCACAGGGAUCUCCCUACAGUGAAACUGUUUAUCAGAGUGAACCAUACAGUCCCCAGGACAGUUAUCAGGUCACAGAUUUAUCAGUCAACUGUGGACUUCAGACUGUGACCGCCUGUGGAUCACCUGUUCACAGUUCUCCAGUAUACACUAAUCAGAUGGCACAACUGUCAAAUCCCAGCCCAGCUAUGACCAUUCCUCAUCAGGAAGGGGGAGUUAAUUCCCAUGAUGGCUGGUGUUUGACUGGUUCACCAUCUUUUUUCUGUGAUAGUCCAUUACACAACUCAGUUCAUACAACCAUUCCAAGUCAGGAAGGUAAAAGCAUACGAAGUUCUUCUCGUUUAGCAAACUUACAGAAGAUUAACCAUUAUUUCAUGUCACAAUCUCCAUGUGAUCUCCAGCUGUCUGCAGACAAUGACCGUGAUGGAACAAUGACUAGAAGUGAUAUUGAAGAAGAAAUUGUCCAUAAAACUCUCGCCUCUGUCAGCCCAGCCCAAUCAUUCUACUAUGUUUUGUCUGAGAACAAUUCAUACUCCAGUGAUUCCAACUGUAGCACCAACUAUGAUAAAUUCACAUCUUGCCAGCGUGUCAAUAAGAGAAAAUCCUGUGAUAGCUGUGAUAUGAAUGACUUGGCAAGUUUGACUGGUUCCAAUGUUGGGCGAUACAACGAGAGUUUAUCGAGGAAGUACUGGCAGCAGAUACCACGAGACAGAACAGAUAUACAGCCAAUCACUUCAGACAAACAAGCUUUACUAGACCACCUUAACAAAAUAUUUGAGCAGAUGUUAGAAAGGUGUAGUGAGUCAACAAAGAACAUAGCCCAGGAAAACCAUAAUUGGCAACAGAUUCAGUUACGAAUUAUUCGCAACACAUCAGCAGCUGUGAAAUUUGCCUCACAAAUACCAGGGUUCAGUAACCUGCAUCCAGAAGACAAGGCAUUCUUAUGUAAGAGUGUCACAUUUAUGAGCACAGUGUUGAUGGCAGGUCAGCAUUUGUACAGUCCAUCAGACAAGAACUUUCAUGAUUUUUGGAACUGGCAGAUUACUCCUCAGAAUCCAUUCUUUCCAUUUAAAGAACGACUGUUGGAGGUUGGAGAGAAAAUACACUCAGCAAACAUGGAUCUGUAUGAAGUCUCGGUGAUGGCAGCUCUUAUCUUCCUUGCUUCUGAUUUUUUGGACUUGGCAUAUCCCGAAGCAAUAGAGGAGGCAAGAGCAAAAGUCAUUGGUGCACUCAAAUCUUAUGAAAUGUCAAAAGGAGUAGAUGUGCAUUCUCGACUAACACAUUUGUUCAGUCUCAUCCCAGAGAUUCGACAUGUGGGCAUAUGGCAUCAGCAGUUAAUGAAACAGAUGAAAAUCAGUGUUCAAAAACAGGAAGUUCAACAGUUGUUUGAGGCAGUCAACUACAGGGAAAGUUAAUGCAAUCAUACCAGUACACUACUCGAGACAGUAAACUACAAGAAAAGUUAAUAUCAUCUUUCCAUUAUACUCAAGGCUGCAAGGAAAAAACAACUAUAUAACAAGAAAAUUCAAUAUAAUAAUUUCUCUGCUACUCCAGGCAGUUAACUACCAGGAAAGUUAAUAUAAUCAUUCUAGUACACUGCUCAACACAGUAUUAACUACUGAGAAAGUUAAUAUAUAAUUGUUCCAUUAUACUACUCAAGGCAGUAAACUGUAAAGAAUGUUUAUAUAAUAAUUUUAUUAGGCUACUUGAAGCAGUUGACUACAAGGAAAGAUAAUAUCUUUGAAGUAAAUUUACAGAAAAAAGUAUAUUUUUC